GUCGCUGCUAAAACCCGGAGUAGAAGAAAAAUUUAUCCAUCCAGGCUCUUACGUGAUGCCAGCGGUGUGCGCAGGCGCGGGUGCCCGGGCAGCUCUCGGUAGCAAGUCGGGAGGAAGCUUGAUCUCUGCUGGGCAAAGAUGAUGCCUGCAACCGCAGCCGCAGCCGGGGAAGGGGCGCACAGCCCCAGCCCCGCCGCGGUGUCCCUCGGCUUGAGCGUGGCUGUGGUUUCCAGCCUGGUGAACGGAUCCACUUUCGUGCUUCAGAAGAAAGGCAUCGUGAGGGCAAAGAGACGAGGUACUUCUUAUUUAACAGACAUAGUUUGGUGGUCUGGCACAAUUGCAAUGGCUCUUGGUCAAAUUGGAAAUUUUUUGGCUUAUACAGCAGUUCCUACUGUGCUGGUCACUCCCCUUGGUGCUCUUGGUGUUCCAUUUGGGUCUAUUUUAGCUUCUUACCUUCUGAAAGAAAAACUGAACAUCUUGGGCAAGUUGGGAUGUUUGCUAAGUUGUGCUGGUUCUGUUGUUCUUAUCAUUCAUUCCCCGAAAUCUGAGAGUGUAACAACUCAGGCUGAGCUUGAAGAGAAACUUACAAAUCCAGUGUUUGUUGGCUACCUAUGCAUAGUGCUCCUCAUGCUGCUGCUUCUCAUUUUCUGGAUAGCGCCAGCCCAUGGACCCACCAAUAUUAUGGUGUACAUCAGUAUUUGCUCAUUGUUGGGGAGUUUCACUGUACCAAGCACUAAAGGAAUUGGGCUAGCUGCUCAAGACAUCUUUCAUAAUAAUCCAUCAAGUCAAAGAGCCCUGUACCUUUGUCUGGUCCUUUUAGCUGUACUUGGCUGUAGCAUCAUCAUUCAGUUUCGGUAUAUUAAUAAGGCACUGGAGUGCUUUGAUUCUUCUGUAUUUGGUGCCAUCUAUUAUGUUGUAUUCACCACUUUGGUCUUGUUGGCAUCAGCAAUUCUUUUUCGGGAAUGGAGUAAUGUAGGACUGGUAGAUUUCUUGGGAAUGGCGUGUGGAUUCACUACUGUUUCCAUUGGCAUUGUCCUUAUACAAGUCUUCAAAGAGUUCAAUUUCAACCUUGGGGAAAUGAAUAAACCUAACAUGAAAACUGAUUAAAAUACAUUUAUGGGUACUGGGUGGCUCAGGGAACCAGUAGCGGGAUAUGGUUACUGGUCUGAAUUUGACCCAGGUUUGCAGAGACCAAAAUGUACAAACAUCUGAGAUGUUUGAGUUGUUGGUGGAAUUAGUAGAUGGCCUCUGUCAAAUUCCUAGUGAAUAAAUGUCCAUAUCCCUAAAAUCACCACUACAUAUGGCAUUCAUCAGUACUACAGUGGCUAUCGUCAGCAGAAGGGCCAAGCGUUGAAACAGCAUAGGGACUGACGCACUGCCUCCCCUGAAAAUUAAAUCCCUCCCAAAACAUCUGAGGUUCCCCAUUCAGCAUUGUGGAAUGGCAGUCGAGGCAUCCUACCUUUUUGUUGACUAGUCUUCUGUUUCUCACUGUUAUUAACUAAGAAAUUUUCAGGAAUGUCAUUUCCUUUAAAAAAAAAAAAAAAGAAAAAAAAAGAGAGAUGGUGCUCCCUUUUAUUCUUACGAUGCCAAAUGUUCUCCUUUAUGAAAUCCUUACAUUGAAAAAGGAUGUGAAAUGUUAAUUCGACCAUAGGCUUGAAAUCUAACAGUUUAGUGACCAUUUCCACAUUUGUCUUUUUGGAUUAUGUAUGUGUCUUUGACAUAAAAUUCAGGCAUUUAUUCAAGUAAAAGAUAACCACUAAAAAUUAGUUGAAAAUCUUCUUUUAAAAAAGUAGGUCUCCAAGAUUAGUUAAUGGCAAACAUUGGGGAGGGAAGAGGCAAAGAAAAGAAAUAAAGAAAUGAUGUACUGGUUUGUUUGCAAUACAUGUCAAGAAUUCAAAUGUUUCAGUGCCUUUGCAUUUUAAAAAUACCCUUAAUUUGACUCAACUAAUGAAAAAAUAACUUCUUUUUAAAAAUUAACAUUACAUAAAUCAAAAUAACAGUUUCUUUCAAUGUUCUCAAAUUCUAAAAAUGCAUAAGUCAUUCUGAAAAAACACAAUAUGUUUCUGGGAAGGUAGUCAAUCUAAGACCACUUCAAAGCUAUUUGGAUUUCUUUAAUAUGUAACUAUCAUCAGACUAAAGACAAUUGGGUAUGUAUGGACAUCUCCUUUUGCAGUUCAGCUUAUGUGCAAUUAUAGCAGUUCCAAAUUCCAGCUUUCUGUGGUUAAUGAAUUGUUUCAGGAAGAAAUGUGUAUCUUGACUUUUCAGAAAUAACUCCUUAUUUGUUAAAUUCUAAUGCUUUAAAAAGAGAGAAGAUUGAGUUCCUUGAAACCAAGAGCUGUAAGAGAAAGACAAAAACUAAGCUAAAGCUAAUUUCAGUAAAU